AUGCCUACCCCUACCAUCGACCCCGUUCUCGACAGUCCGCCUUAUGUUCAUUCCAAGUCGGCCAACGGAAGCCCGAGUUCACACCCAUCAUCGCCACGGGCUCAGUCUGCAUGGAAAUCUGUCUUCCGUUUUCCCAACUCUUCCUCCAAGAAGCUGCAGUCCACAGGCUCUCCUGUUAUCGUAGAGACACAACCGCUUCCCAUUUCAACCCAGAGCGGUGUCACCCACAUACCCGUUGCCUCGUCUGCUUCUCUCAACCCAGCCUAUCUUUCUGACCAGCGAUCGUCCUACAACUCAUCCAACACACAGUCAAGCGAUUCUAAUGGUGGUCUAGCUUCUCCACGGAAUCUCUACAUGACCCCACGCAGCACUUCCUAUUCGUACCACACACAGCCAAAAUCAACUGACGCUCUUUCUGUUGGAACUCCUAGCCGGCAAAGACAGCACACCAAAUCAGAACGGGCCCGGCCCACGCUGACGAAGCUCCAGGCAUCCUCUUCUCGAGCGCCCCCAUUGACUGCAGACCCCUCCCAGACCUCUUUUCUCCCGACGCCGCCAACGCCAUCAAAACCACGGACAAAUGGACCCCUGAGCCCACGGUCUGUCAGCGCAUCAGCAUCUCGGUUUAUUCGUCGCGUGGCAUCAGCACCGAACGCAAAGGGGCUCUUCUCGAUGGGUGGUUCAAAGUCAGCGACGACGAAGAAUGGCUUUUUGGCACCGGCAGACACCCUACCUCCGAUCCCACCACUGAUGUCUAGUUCGCUUGAGCAAGGACAGGAUUCAUUAGAGACCGUUUCAUCAGGUUCGUCGCGCGGUCGGAUAUCACGGCCCACACCGUCUUCGGGUUCGUUGAACGUUGUUGCUGCUGCUCACGGUCUGCCGCCUGUGCCUGGGAAAGUCGCGUUCCGCCGGACAUAUUCAAGCAAUUCUAUAAAGGUCCGACAGUCUGAAGGCUAUCUGUACUUCUGUAUGGAAUACUGCAUGGGAGGGGAGUUCUUCCGUGCGUUGCAGACACGGCCAGGUAAAUGCCUUUCAGAAGAUGGGUCGCGGUUUUAUGCCGCGGAGGUCGUGGCCGCACUUGAAUAUCUACAUCUAAUGGGAUUUAUCUAUCGCGAUCUAAAACCUGAAAAUAUUCUACUACACGAAUCUGGACACAUAAUGUUGUCGGACUUUGACCUGGCGAAGCAGUCUACUGAUCCCAGCAAUAUGCCCACAAUGGUGCACUCUGAGACGAACGGGAUCCCACUGGUAGACACGAUGACGUGCACGGCGAAUUUUCGAACCAACUCAUUUGUGGGGACUGAAGAGUACAUUGCACCGGAAGUGAUUGCUGCACAGGGCCACACUGCAGCGGUGGACUGGUGGACGCUUGGUAUCUUGAUAUAUGAGAUGAUUUACGCGACAACGCCCUUUAAAGGGCAGGAGCGUCAAGAUACGUUCCAUAAUAUCCGCUAUCAGACGGUGCAGUUCCGCGACACACCGAAAUUUUCAUCGGCAGGAAAAGACUGCGUGGCGCGACUGCUGGACAAGUCUGAACGGACACGACUUGGGAGCAAGAGCGGUGCGAGCGAGGUGAAGCAACACAAAUGGUUUGCAAAGACGAACUGGGGAUUGCUACGGAACACACGACCACCUAUAAUCCCGUCGAAAUCCAACGGACUGCUGGCGAUGAACGGACGACAGCUGAAAGAGUCGCACUCGCUGCAUUUGGAGGAACAGGUGGUGGCGGGGAGUGCCGGAGGAGGGCCGGGGGAGAGUGACAGUGACUUGUUUGGUGCAUUCUCGAGCGUGACGCUGCACUAUGAUGUGAACUAG